UAAAAAUGUAUUGCUGUGUCAGAUUUAUUCUUUUAAAAUUAAUUUAAUGAAAAAAUAAUAAACGACCCGGAACCAGCUGGAGUUGAAAGGUCGGUGACGUCAUGGCCAAGAUGGCGGCCGCCAUGGUGGAGAGUGGAGAAGAUGCAUUUAGAAAACUAUUUAAGUUCUACAAGAGAAGAAACCCUCCUCCAGACUUUAGUGAUGUCAUCGAUUUCUCCCGAAGUUUACCGAGUGACAAGAUCCUUCCUGCUGCUCUGGACCCCUCUGCAGUGAGUGAUGAGGAGGCUGCCCGGGUCGGACUGCAGCCUGUCAGGGACUGGAGGGCCUUCGGUCUGCAGGGUUACCCAGGGUUCCUCUUCAUCUCAAACCCCUUCCUACUGGGAACUCAUCCUUUCUGGAUCACACAGUGUCUAAAGACAUAUCCUCAGAAGCCCAAUGUCUGCAACCUGGACAUGCACAUGUCUCCGUCUGAAACUCAGGACAUCUGGGGACAGAGUGCGCACGGCCUCAGUACUCCUGCUGGAAAGAGAGAACCAAGAACUCUUCUGGAGAGGCUGCGCUGGGUCACUCUGGGCUACCAUUACAACUGGGACACAAAGACGUACUCUGCAGACCAUCACACUGCGUUCCCAGCUGAUCUCCACUCGCUGUCCAGCAGGGUUACAGCAGCCUGUGGGUUCCCAGGGUUCAACGCAGAGGCUGGGAUCCUCAACUACUACAGAUCGGAUUCAUCUCUGGGGAUCCACGUGGACGAGUCGGAGCUGGAUCACAGCCGGCCGCUGCUCUCUUUCAGCUUUGGUCAGUCCUCCAUCUUCCUCCUGGGGGGAACUCGCAGACAGGACCCUCCUACAGCCAUGUACAUGCACAGCGGGGACAUGAUGUUGAUGUCUGGACAGAGCCGCCUCCUGUACCACGCUGUCCCACGCAUCCUACCUGCACCUGAAGGACACACAGCGUCACAUAUGGAUCCUUGCAGCUCAGUUUCCCCCCAGCAGGACGGCUCUGUGGUGGAGUCUGUGUCAGAGGAGGACUGGAAGGUCUGCACCAGGUACCUGCAGAGCUCCAGGGUGAAUGUGACUGUCAGACAGGUGCUGGGGCCGGGGCAGAGCUUCCCAGAAACCCCCUCUCCUCUCCAAAGGACUGAUGCAGGACAGACGGCCGGGUACCACGAAGAACACGGUGAGGAGGAGAGCGGGAAGAGGAAGAGGAGAGGUAGCUGUGACUCUGCUGAUGCUGAGACUUGAAACAAACCCCCUCAUUGAUGCUGGAGAGGACAACUGAUGGUCACAGAGAGAGACGCCUGCAGUGACUUCUUUGGAAGUUUGAGUCCGUCUGCGAGGAUCAAAAAGAUGGCCAGGACUGCUUUUUAUUUUGCUUUUAAUUGGUAGAUGUGACACUGCCUCAGAGAAUCAGAAACAGCUGAUACACACCUGUGAGAGUGUCUUUACAUGUGACAUGUUUUUGUUUAGUUUGAUGACAUUUGAAUCUUUGCUUGAGAAAAAAAAUCAACCCUGAAGAUAUGAGUAAAUUAACGAGAGGACUUUUUCAAGAAGCUCUGCUGAGUUGCAUUUUGCUUUCCCGACUUUUAUAUUGUUAUAGUUGCAAAUUUCAAGAUCGUAUAUUAAAAGAAAAACAUAAAUUACAUUGAAAAAGUCACAAUUGAGUUUUAAAAGCUUGUCAAAACCAAAUAAAUGUCUUAGUAAUUAUUUGAACUGAUCCAUGUGAGCAGAAAUAAAUGAUAAAUGCAGAA